AUGAAUGUAAAGCUGAUUGUGAUGGAUGACUCUGGUGCAGGUGUUCAGUACAGGAGGUCUCUGUAUGGGCUGUACCCCUACAAGUCCAGUAUGAUUGGCCUGGAGGCUCUGUCCGACCCGUCUCUGGACUGGGACAUCGUGGAGACCAUCGGCAAAGGCACCUAUGGCAAAGUCUACAAGGUCAACAACCGCAAGGAUGGCAGCCAAGCGGCCGUCAAAGUCCUGGACCCCAUCAAUGAUGUGGAUGAGGAGAUCGAGGCGGAGUACACCAUCCUGCGCUCCCUGUCCAACCACCCCAACGUGGUCAAGUUCUUUGGCAUGUUCUACAAAACAGACAACCUCUCUGGCGGGCAGCUCUGGUUGGUCCUGGAGCUGUGUAAUGGAGGCUCAGUCACCGAGUUGGCCAAAGGUCUGCUGAUACGUAGCAAGCGUAUGGAUGAGCCCGUCAUCGCAUACAUCUUAUGUGGGGCACUGCUGGGUCUCCAGCAUCUCCACAACAACAGAAUAAUCCACCGUGACGUCAAGGGCAACAAUAUCCUCCUGACCACAGAGGGUGGAGUCAAGCUGGUCGACUUUGGUGUGUCUGCCCAGCUCACCAACGCCCGUCUGAGACGGAACACCUCAGUGGGUACACCCUUCUGGAUGGCACCAGAGGUGAUUGCGUGUGAGCAGCAGUAUGACUACUCGUAUGACGCGCGCUGUGACGUCUGGUCUCUGGGCAUCACGGCCAUCGAGCUGGCGGACGGCGACCCCCCGCUGUCUGAGAUGCACCCCGUCAAAGCCCUUUUCAAGAUUCCACGGAGCAGCUAA